AUGACAGCAACAAACAACAACAACAACUAUAUCGUUUCUGAUGAAAAAGUUAUUGAUUCAUUAGCUGAGGAAUUAGUUGUGGCAGAAACUAAAACCCUCAACGAAAGAAUUGGUGAAAACAAGAUUGAUUUACAUAACUACCUCAAACACGAUGGAGGAAGAGGAAGGAAAACUGGUAUGGCUUUAUUAGUAAAUAAAAUUUCAAAUUUAACGAUUAUAGAUGUUGAUAUCAAUAAAUCAUACAAUGAUGAACUUAAAGAAACAGUUAGAAAAGACAUUUUAUCAAAACUUUCGGAUAAAGAUGUUAUCGUUAAAACCGCUUCAGGAGGUCUUCACAUUUAUUGCAACACUAAUUUCUUCUAUGCAGUUUCGAACAGAAUGAUUAAAUGCUAUUCCUGCAAUGAUUACGAUAUUGAUAUAAUGACUUCUAUGGAUGA